CCCGAAACGCGCUGGCCCAUUGAAACGCGCCUGCUGCCACAGUUUCACGGCUCGGUUCACACCGAAAAGGAAAAGUCACAGUAUGCUACGACAGGCAGCCUCCAUGGCACGAAAUCAUCCGCGUUGAACUUUUCGGGCUUGAAAGUUGUGGCAGGAACAUGGCCAGGGCAAGCACCGACUCAGCCAGGAAAAGAACCCGGGCGUUGCAUGAGCAGGAAGACGCUUCACUAAGCGCCAAAAAGCGCCGUCUCCAAGCUUCAUCUGACUUGCCCUCGGCCGCUGUAAAGGUCCCUUCGGUCGCAAACGGAGAUUCGAAACAACGCGGUCGCCGCGCAGCCGCGGCACAGGCAGACUCGCGCGAUGUCCCAAGCUCAGAAGACAAAGGCACAACAAACUCAGCACACCGUCAGCCAGAGCGACUCGCCAAGGGAAAGCGGCAGGCCAAGAAACCCCAGCCUGCAGCCUCCACUGACCUGCAGAAGAGCAGUGUCUAUGAUGUGCCAGACUCGGACGAGGAUGAGCUCACCACGGCCGCUGUCAAACCACGACCAAGGAGGCAGACGCUUGGCACUGCGGCUGCUGCGAAAAAUGAGCCCGGCCCGUCCGUGGCAGUCAAUGGAGACGAGCAUGUGAAGAGGAAACGCGGCCGACCGGACAAGGUCGAUCGUGGGGAAUCGGCUACUGCGCAGAGCAGCGAUGCCGCUCCUCCCGAAGCUGGGGCGGGCGUGUCAACCCGUCGAGCCGGGCGGUUAGGCGCCCGUCGAAGCCCGUCCCGCGAUUUGCUUCAAACUGAGGAGCGGGAAUCGGACGGCAAGCCAGUUCAGAAAUUGCGGCGGCCGAGGGCAACUACGAAUGGCCGGACAGAGGAUGCCCCCAUGCCCAAAGGGAUCCUGACGCCCCGAAAAGGGAAGCCCGACGGCGACCGCUUGCGCAGGAGCGUGGUAUUUGAUGACGACCGAGGGGAUGAAGAAACUCCGGACGAGCGACCGGCGGAGACGCCGUCGCGAUCGACCAGAAAGCGCAGCCAAGCAGAUGAGGCCACCAAGACCGAAGUGCAGGAAAUGGACGAGGGGCCGGAAACUGACCAAGAGGAGGACGAUGAAGUCUGCGCCAUCUGUUCCAAGCCGGACUCGGCCCCGCCCAACGAGAUCGUCUUCUGCGACAACUGCGACAUGGCCGUGCACCAAGAGUGCUACGGGCUCGCCGAGAUUCCCGAAGGCGACUGGAUAUGUCGCAACUGCUCGCAGGAUGAUGCCCCUUCCGCGAACAGCCUAGGGCCGCGCCAGCCGCAUUCGGCGGUAGCCGCGCGGGACGUUCAGAGGCCGGAUAUUCCCAAUUUUGAGCAGCAUCUCCGCUCGGCGCAGCGGGUGCUGCUUGACCGCUGCACGGGCAGGCGACGAAUCAAGCUCCGCGGACAGGACGAGGCCUACGAGAAGGCGUAUCAGCUCAUAGAGCAGACGGUCGUGGCGGGCGAGGGCAAUUCGAUGAUGGUCAUAGGAGCCCGUGGUUGCGGCAAGACGACACUAAUCGAAUCUAUCUUAGCCGAUAUGUCGAGGCUUCACGAGGGUCAGUUCCACGUCGUCAGGCUGAGCGGAUUUAUCCACACCGACGAUAAGCUGGCUUUGCGAGAGAUCUGGCGGCAGCUCGGCAAGGAGAUGGAGGUCGAGGACGAGCUCGUGAACAAGGCAGGCUCACCCGACACGAUGGAUGAACGGCGGUCCUUUGCUGACCAUGGCAGACUACCAACUACGCCGAUAUUAUGGCUUCGCUACUCGCUCUCUUGUCGCACCCCUCCGAAAUCGCCGAGACGCAGGACGGCGUCACGUCUAGGUCGAUCAUCUUCGUCAUAGACGAGUUUGAUCUCUUUGCGACUCACGCUCGGCAGACCCUCCUGUAUAAUCUCUUCGACAUCGCACAGGCCCGCAAGGCGCCGAUUGCCGUGCUGGGGUUAACGACGAGGAUCGACGUGGUCGAAAGCCUCGAGAAGAGGGUCAAGAGCCGGUUCAGCCACAGAUAUGUGCAUCUCUCGCUUCCAAAGAGCCUACCUGCGUACUGGGACAUAUGUAAGCAGGGCCUCACCGUGGACGAAGAGGACAUGGUGCUGGAGGGACUCAACCCGUCACUGGAGGGCCACUCCGCCUUCUGGGCCUGGUGGAACGGGAAAAUCGACGUAUGAGGGCUCUUACCCCUGCUCG